AUGGGCGUGCUAGCCAACCUCGAGCGAUGCAACCAGGAUGCCGCCAACCUUUCGACCGUUUCUGGUGUCAGCGGGUUUAACCUCGUCGACAUCGUCGCACGUCAGCUUCCAGGUUCUACCAUCGACAGGGGAUUCAACAACCUGCGCUACGUUUCGAAUAAGCUCCAAUCGCCGGAUCAGGCUAUGCCACUUCCUCUCUAUAGAGGAUACUUUGAGACGCAUGACACACUUUUUGAUCAGGGCCUCUGUUUGAAGGAAAAAAAGAAAGCGCUGGGUCGCUGGUCGGCUUGGAAGAUCUACGCACAAGCAUCGAAUUUUGAGGAUCAAACGUGUGGUCUUCGCGACGACGUGCAGACGUCCUCCGAUCUUUACGGCGCCAGGAAGGGCCGCCGGUAUACACCAUCCGUGCAUUCCGUCGGACACGAUUGGGUUGUCACGUCGCGUCCUUCAACGCCUGGCCUUCCUGAAGCCACAGUCACAGGGGAACCAUCGUCUUCUGGCCAGCCGGAGUCAGGCGUGUUGGGAACCCUCACAGAUGCUCCAGGCAUUCUCUCUCCUGAGGGUCUCGCGGGACGGCUGCUUGCGACCAUGGAGGAGGAACUGCCGGAAGAAGACAUCACCCAGGAGCGCAUCCCUCUGGAGGGAGUCGCAGUGACGGUCGCGGCCGUUGAAAUUCCUGACGACGCACAGACCACCCACCCUCUUGCCGAACCCGCCGGUCGUCCAUCGCCGUGA